AUGGCAGGUAACGAUUCCGUGUUUCAAUUGAGGAGAGAGCUAGAGCAGAAGGUCGGCGAGGGUGUCGACGGGUUUCCUGGUAAUGUCUCUAGUUUCUCUAUGGAUACUGACGAGAAGUCAGGUACUGAUAAUUUGAUGAGUGAUCAAUUGUUUGAUGGUGGCAGGCUGUUGACAGAGAACGAGCGUUACUGCGUUCGUAGUUUGGUGCCGGACUUGUCAUCGUUGUUUAAAAGAACAGGUGCCGAUGGCACCUGUUCUUUUACGCAGGAUCGACUGCAACAGCAUGGAGCGCAACAACUGAAAUCCGAAUACUAUGGGUUCGUAGAUACACGUUCGCAGAAAGCUUUAUGCGCGGACAAAGACAAUUUAUACAUAUGGGACUACAAUUCAAAACUAAGGGACACGCCAUUCGGCAAGAUCCCCUUGCAUGACGAGAAUACAGUUUCGAGCGCAGUUCCAAUCUGUCUUUUGACAUGUCCCGUAGCCAUUGACAAUGUCUCUCCGUUGCAAGUCGCAUCGGCCCCAUGCUUGGACAGUCACGAAAUCGAUAGCACUGCUGAUAUAGAAAAUGGCCUUUGCACAAUAAAUAGGAACAAUGGACAUCUGCAAUACUACGAAGAUUUGAACUCAGUCAAUAAUUUGUACUCGAAACUGUCGCUCAAUAAAGCACACUCUUUGGAUUUGAAAUUGAGGGAUAAAGAACUCGUUACAAAAGCAAUCAAUUGCGAACCCGCUGGAAUCAUUGUUGCAACUUCGUUUGGAAGACUGUUGUUUGUCUCCAUCAGAGACUCAACGGGGAUGACUUGUGUAAAAUUACAAAAACAAUUGAUAAAACCACAGAUUGGCUUUCUGUUUAGUACUUUUAAUAGUGCAAAGGAAAUCGUCUCGUUGAAGGCAGGCCCAAUUAUUGGCAAGGGGGAAAUCCUGGUAUAUGUUGCCACCAAAGGUGGAGACUUCCAGAUCUGGCAGAUCUCUCUGUUCUCGAGCCCUUUCAAGAGAAUAGACGUCAACAUUUACGAGCACAUUUUGGAAUCUUUGCAAGAUUUAUAUCCAUUUGCACAUGGAACUUUGGAAAUUCUAGAUUCUCAUCCUUUGUUUGCGGAUACUUCUUCCACUCAUCUAGUAUUGUCAUCCAUUUCAAAAGGUGACCAAGUAUAUUAUAUUCUCUCAACAAUAGUGGUCGAUGAAGCUUCUAAAAGUUUCAAUAUUUUCUCAACGUAUAAAAUUUCAACAUAUUUUUCAUCGUUCGACGAAGAAAACAAACCAAAACUAUGCAUCCCAACUGCAUUAUCAGAUUCAAUAAAACUUUAUAGCUCAAUUUGCAUCCUGUUCAAAGAUGCUGUCGUGUUAACUAAAGUAAGUUCAAAAUUAGAUUCAAACUACAUCCUUAGAAAAAAAUGGGAAGAUGUAAUUUGCUUCAACUCAAAUUUGAAUAUCAUUGGUUCUGGUUACAGUUCGAACUCUAUUUAUAUAAUGGCUAAAGAAGAUGAUAUUAUACAAGUCACCAUUAAUGACAAGGAUGAAAAGGACUUGGAAGCAACAAGUUUUACAAAAUCACACAUCGAUCAAGCCGUUUAUUUUUCAAAUAUAUCAACAAAUCCAAUUGAAUACAAUCUACCAGAAAAUAUAGUCUUAGAGAAAGAAGAAAUAGAAAGUGACUUGCUGGAAUCAGCCAACGAAAUUUUCAAAUCAAAGGGUAAAUAUAUUCCACCUAUGCUGAAUACUGUAGAGCAACACUUACAAAUGAGAAUCAAUUUGUACAAAAACUUAUUAAACUUCGUUAAAGAUAAUUUUAAUUAUAAAAUUUCUCCAAACACUAAACUACUGUUAUUGGAAAAAUACGAAAUAAUGAACUGUGCAUCCAAACUAUUACAAUUUCAAUCAAUGAAAGAAGAUUUAUCGAAGAUUUGGAGUAGAAUCAUCACAAGUUAUGACCAGUCAUUGAAUUUAGAAAGCUUAAUAUUACACCGUUUAGAUGUUUUCCCAAUAUUAUUUUCUAAUUUACUGAAAGAACUUUCUAUAACAAGUAUUAACUCUGGAUUAAUCAAUAGUAAAUCCACUGUUAUUGAUUUAUUGAUCUCCUCAUUAUAUGAUGCCGUAUUAGAGGAUGGUGAAAAAGAUAUUAGAUAUGACAAAUUCCAAUUAGAUCCUCUAGAAAUAGGCGAGAAGAGAUCCUGGUUCUUAAACUAUGAUAUUCUCUCUUCCUUAAAUCAAUUAUUCUUUGAUUAUAAAUUUUCAUUAAAGGACACUAAUGAUUACACUAAUAAACAGUUAUUAACUCUAGUUAAAUCGUUGUAUUACAUUUCAUGGCAUGCUAAAGUAUGGUAUACAAGCCAAACUAUUAUAGAUUCUGAAAAAUGUAAUGAAAUCAAUUUAGUUUAUAACGAGAACCAUAAUAAUUGGAUUCAAGUUUUAUGUGAGCAUAAAUUACAUGAAGAUGCUUUACAACUUUCAGAAUUUUACAGAGAUUUAAAAUCACUAGUAGAAGUAUUAGAAGAGCUGGAAUUCAACGAAUUUAAACAUUUGUAUGCUCAAUAUUUUGAACAAUUUGGUGAAGAAUUUUCAUCUACUUUAUUCAAAUACUAUAUUGAUAACAAUAAACUCAAAUCCUUAUUUUUCAAUUUUCCAGAACAGCAUGAUUUGUUAAGGAAGUUCCUAUUAAGCUCUUCUGAAUAUAAUAAUGUUGCAUGGAUACAAGAAAUAUUUGAUGAAAACUACCACAGUGCAUCUGACAUAUUGAGUUCUGUUCUGAUUGAAAACAAUAAUAGUGAUUUGACAGUUGAUAAAACAAAAUUAUAUUUGAAUAUCGCAAAACUAUCUGAACUAGCAGACCCAAUGGAUAUUAAUGAAAAUAAAGUUGUCAUGAUUCAAGCUGGUAUUGACACAAUUAAUUUUCAAAAAAAAUUACAUUACCAAUUGGAGAAUAAGAGCCCAGUGAUAUGUGAUAUUUAUCAAAACAGCGAAUUUAAAGUUAUUUUCCAAAAUUUGAUUAACAAAAUAAAGAAACAACAGUACAUUUCCAUAAACGAAGCUAUUGAUAUUUAUACACUAAUGGGAGGUCUUGAUAAUUUUGUUGACGCUGUUAAAUUAUUGUCAUCUUUGAAUAAUAGUAUUGAUUAUGAAACUAAGAGAGCAUUGUAUACCACUAUUUGGCGUAGGUGUAUUUUAAGUGACAAAGAUUGGGUUCAUUUAGAUGAUUUAUCUGAGAGUGUUUUAUACAAGGUGUUAUACCAAUGUUUCAAUGAUAUAGUUGAGAAAUAUGACAUGUUAUUACCAGAGUACAAUGCUUUAAUUGAUAAUUCCAUUGUUUCUUUUGAUUAUAUCAAGCAUAUUUAUGGUAAAUACGAUGUUUCCAUAAUCUCAGUGCAAGAUGCUAUCAGUAAAGAAGUUCAUUCUAUUGAACAACUAGGGUUCAACCUAAUUGAUAAAUUAAAGACCAUUGUUGGUUCAGCAAAUAUUAAUACCAGAAGCAACGUCACUAUUAAUUAUGAAACCAUGACAAUUGCAUAA